AUGAGUGCCAAGAGUGUGGGAAAAGACUCCCUGGGAAGGGUGACCUCACCAAGUACACCCACACACUCUGGAGGAAGACCUCAUGAAUGCCGUGAGUGUGGCAAAACGUUCAGCAGGAAGAGUCACCUCAACACACACACCCUUACACACACUGGUGAAAGACCUCAUGAAUGCCGUGAGUGUGGCAAAAAGUUCAGCAGGAAGAGUGACUUCAAGAAACACACCCUUACACACACUGGUGAAAUACCUCAUGAAUGCCAUGAGUGUGGCAAAAAGUUCAGCAGGAAGAGUGACCUGAAGAAACACACCCUUACACACACUGGUGAAAGACCUCAUGAAUGCUGUGAGUGUGGCAAAAAGUUCACUCAGAAGAGUGUCCUCAACAGACACACCCUUACACACACUGGUGAAAGACCUCAUGAAUGCUGUGAGUGUGGCAAAAAGUUUAGUCACAAGAGGGACCUCAGCAGACACACCCUUACACACACUGGUGAAAGACCUCAUGAAUGCUUAGAGUGUGGCAAAAAGUUUAGUCAGAAGAGGGACCUCAGCAGACACACCCUUACACACACUGGUGCAAAACCUCAUGAAUGCCAAGAGUGUGGCAAAAAGUUCACUCAGAAGAUUAACCUUGAGACACACACCCUUACACACACUGGUGAAAGACCUCAUGAAUGCCAAGAGUGUGGCAAAAAGUUCUAUCAGAAGAGUGUCCUCAACCAACACACCCUUACACACACUGGUGAAAGACCUCAUGAAUGCCAAGAGUGUGGCAAAAAGUUCUAUCAGAAAAGUGUCCUCAACCAACACACCCUUACACACACUGGUGAAAGACCUCAUGAAUGCCAAGAGUGUGGCAAGAUGUUUCGUUCUACGUCUUAUCUCAAUGAGCACAUGUACAGACACUCUGGCCUGAGAGAGUUCAAGUGUGAUGUUUGUGGGAAGCAUUUCAAAAUGAAGCGGGAUAUUGCCCUCCACAUGAAGAUCCACUUCCCCUGAGGUGCUGUGUGUGGUGGUGGAAGGCAGCGGUUGGCAGCCACGUCCUGGUUCUGCUGACAGGUCAUCUUCCUUGAUACAUCAGCAUAAGCUUCCAAUGGUCUGAUCUUUUUCCACCUUGAUCCCUGCGGUGGUCAGCGUGCUUAGCUGGGAAUCCAUGAGCCAGGGUUCAAAUCCCGGCCUGGGCAGUCAGCACCCACCUGGCCCAACCUUUCAUCCUUCCAUUUGAGCUGUCUGUGAAUGGCUACCUGGGGAAACCCUGGCAAAGUAAACUGUGGUAACCUGGACUUCCCACGGGCCCUGUUACUUUGUUUCUACCCAGCCCAGGCUCCAGGGUGGAGGUGUGGGCACUUCCGGAGGUCCUCCUGGGUGUGCUGUCUCCUGGGCUGAGGAGGACACUUCCCGGGAGUCUGGGAUGACCUGCAGGGAAGACAAGACGUGAGGAAGAACCACAGCAGUGAAGGAUCCUGAAGGUGCAUCUCUAAGGGGAGGAAUUGAACCCAAGCCUUCAGGGUGACACUGGGCAGCACACUAACUGGACCAUCGAUGGGCUGUAAGGGCACCACACACCUCGCAGAAGUGUGGCAUGCAUUUAGGAUCAUUGAUGUGGCUGUGGGGGAUGUCAACAUACUGUGGGGUGACAUUCUGUGGGUCCUGUGUGCUGUGGUGAGGUGAAGUCAGUCUCUCUCUCUCUCUCUCUCUCUCUCUCUCUCUCUCUCUCUCUCUCUCUGAUUGAUUGCUUCCCCCACCCCACAGGCUGUCCCUUCCUCAGCUCCUCCCUCUGAGGUCAGUUCCAACUUGACCAGUCAGGCGCCGCUUCCACCAGCUUUCUGUGAACCGCGUCUGGAGUUAAUGACUGCUUCCGACAUGUUAGUUUCCUUUGUUAUUAGUAGUGUGACAAAUAGCCCAGGAAGAAAGUAAUUGAAAGUGAAGUUUGUGGAUUAUAACAAUGGGCCAAAAAGUGUUUUCGUUUAUGUGGUGGGUGGUUGCAUGUCCCUUUGUGUGGGUUCCGCGCCUCUCCAAAAUACAUCACUCAUAUGUCAGCUGUUUACUAUUUGAAACUGUGUAUAAAAUAUUCUGUACAUAAUAAAUAAGGUCACGUAG